AGGAGGGUUUUUGAUUUUUGCUACUUGCAUGGACUAGUGCAUUGCACACUUUGGGAGCUUGCAGCUUAAAAAUAAGUCAGAAAAUUCUUGGACUAACAAUUUCUAUCCCUUCAUUGGAUGUCAGACAAGUGGUGGCAUCUGCAAAGCCAGAAAAGGAAAGCCUUGCCUUAUACAGACAGCUCUGUGCAAUGACACAAUGGCUCCGAUAUAAAGUGUUGCUUGACCUGAGCUUGGAAGGCAAAGGAACAAAGAAACAAGAAGUGACAGUUUUUGAGAACCGAAGAAGCACUGAAGUCCCCUUAUGAUGGAUAAAUUUAAGGCUGCUCUGUUGCUGGCAGGGGUAGGAGACGCUCUGGGCUAUCGAAAUUUCACGCGGGAAAAUAAUGCAUUAGGUGCAAAGAUUCAAGGGGAACUGAAAGAAAUUGGAGGACUCGAGAACCUGGUCCUGUCAUCUGACAAAUGGCCAAUCAGUGAUAAUACUCUUAUGCACAUGGCUACAGCUGAGGCUCUCGUCACAGGUAGGAAAAACUUCAGGUUGUAUGCAAGCUGGGAGGGGAAGGCUAAACCUGGAGAACAGCAUUUAAUUAUUGUGUUCUGUUACCUAAGCAGCGAGUUUGUGCAGAAAUUCAUGCUACCUUCAGUUAUCAAUGCAUAUGAUGUCUUGGUUUUGCCAUUUAACUAGCAUGGUUGCUGAAAAUGUAAAUGGUACAAGGAGUCUUCCCUUCAAAUACCACCUCAAGUGUGAGCUUGCUAGGUGGCCAACUAUUUCUCAUCUUUCUAUUUCAAUAUGGAGAAGAGAAUACUGGUCUACCUUAUUACUGAGAAUAAUUGAGUCUCAAUGUUCUCACACUAUAUAUAUAUAUAUAUAUAUAUAUAUAUAUAUGAAUGAGAGAAUGAAUAUGAUUUCCAUUCACAGUAAGAAAGUUACAUAUUCUCUUCGUUGGUUGCAUAAAAUUUAUUGUUCAAAGGUAUAAACUAAGAGAACACAUUUUUCUUUCACUGGAUGCAUUGAUAUAAACUUGCCUUGAAUGAAACAUGGAUGGGGAAAAGAAAACCUUAAGCCAUUUUCCUUUAUCAGAGUUGCCUAUUCCUGACUGGUAUAUAGACAGCUGCCCAUCAUAGUAAGUAUCAACUCCCUUUGCAUAAAAAGCAUCCAAUAUUGUCAAGUUAUUGAAUGCAACGGUAUCUUACAACCCAAUUUAUGUGUUGUUUUUAUGAUACUUCCAAGAUAACUGCUGAACAAAACAUCUGUAUCUUCACCGAAGACAAAUGCUCUCCAAAUGUGUUGCACUUCUCAGCGUGUUUUCUAGAAUCGGGAAAGUCAAUGAAAUUUCUCUGACAUUCCACUCUUAUCUGACUGCUGCUGAGAUGCUCUAAAUUUAGCCACCAGAGGCCUGUUGAAGAGAAUCUGGGAUAUUUCGUGUCUAGCUACUGGUUAGCCAAUGAUGUGAGCAGGAGCUAAUACCCUAAAGAUAAUGGCAAGAUGUCAACCUAUCAUGGAAAAGGAUGACUAACAUACUUCUGAAUAUAGUCAGUGAUUAAAUGCAUGUCACAUGUUUCCUGCUUCUUGACCUCUGUAUGAGCAUAAAUGUUAUCUGCAAGGCUUAUCAAGCUGCUUUGCAACCAUUUUUAGCUGUACAAAAGCAAGCUACAUACAUAUCCCUCUGCCUAUAGCGUAUACAGCAGGGGAGCUGCUGUUUCAAAAUCUCGUUUUUGAACUUCUGUCCGAAUUCCAUCAAUUGCAAUUGCAAGCACCAGUUGUUAUAAUACAUGUGUGUUUUAGACAUAGGAACAUGAUAAAAUCAGUUUUUAGCCAUUUAAGACAAUACAUGCUUUCCCAUUUUGAAAAGCAAAAUGCACCUUAACUUGCUCAUCAUGAGUUGAGAUAGUACAAGCCCCCUUUUACACGUGUUCGAUAUGUGCAUGACUGUCUGGAAGUGACCCAAAAACAUCACAAAAAGGGGUGGGGUGGGGGCAGAACAGGGUUUUUGCAGGCUUUUCCAAUGGUGUUUCAAAUAUACACAAUUUAACGUAAGCACCUACCCCCCAUAGCUGUCAACUUUUCCCUUUUCUUGUGAGGAAUCCUAUUCGGAAUAAGGGAAUUUCCCUUAAAGAAAGGAAAAGGUUAACAGCUAUCCCCCCCCCCCCCGUAAAUGGGGGUUGCCUGUAUCACCAUUUGUGUCUCUUGGACUGAACACUGAAUGAAAGAUAAUUUGAAAUCUAAUAAUGGCAUCUAGUUUUGUCUUAAGUGUAAGGUAUCUAUCUAAACCCUUUCUUCCUUUGUCCUCUUGUAAUAUCUAAGUUGAUUUACCAUAACUUAUCUUUUAGGGUUGUUGAAACCAGAACAUAAAAAUCUCAGGCUGGACAAUAGAGUGGCUGUUUCUGCAGCUUCACAGUCCUAAUGUUUUCUAGAGCAGGAAACAGCACUUUUCAGUUGCCUCCCUCCUUAAAGCAGCUAUACAAUAUUAUUUCCCUCCAUAUCCUUACCAUUUUCCAAAUGUGAAAAAUCAAUAGUGUCUAAACCAUAAAGUUGAAAAUAUAGCUGCCAUUGAUCAAUAUCAUCUCUUGGCCAAGAUAGUAUUAUGGCUUUGUGGUGGGGGUAAGGUAAAAAAAGGGACGCGGGUGACGCUGUGGGUUAAACCACAGAGCCUAGGACUUGCCGAUCAAAAGGUCGGCGGUUCGAAUCCCCGUGACGGGGUGAGCUCCCAUUGCUCAGUCCCUGCUCCUGCCAACCUAGCAGUUUGAAAGCACGUUAAAGUGCAAGUAGAUAAAUAGGUACCGUGCUCUGGCAGGAAGGUAAACGGCAUUUCCGAGUGCUGCUCUGGUUUGCCAGAAGCGGCUUAGUCAUGCUGGCCACAUGACCUGGAAGCUGUACGCCAGCUCCCUCGGCCAAUAAAGCGAGAUGAGCGCCGCAACCCCAGAGUCAGUCACGACUGGACCUAAUGGUCAGGGGUCCCUUUACCUUUAAGGUAAAAAAGUAAGCUGUAUGCAAAGACCCUCCUAACCCCUGGAUCACAGCAAGCUUUUAAUAUAAGCCAAGCUAGCUUCCUGGUGAGGUGAUUGCCUGGGUGAUGGGCCAUUAAAGGAAACAAAGGAAAGAGGUGUAUGUGAGAUGGGAAAUGGAUGGUUAGUUAGAAGGAAAAGCAGAGUUGAGAUGUGACUUAGAAGGAAAACAGCAAGCUGGGGAGAGAGUCAGAUCAAUGUUUAGUUUCUGUUUGAAUUCAAGGCUGCAGCUAUGGGAGAAACAAAACCCUCUAGGGUUGCUAAUGCUGCAAACCCAUCCAUUGUAGGCUCAGGUUAUAUGCACAUAUAAAUAAACUGUAUAAAGGAACCACAGUCUGCACUGUGCCUCAUUCCAAAAGGAAACAAACUCUGGGUUAUCUCCUGGAGCCCCUAGAAUCUCGCAUCACUGAGAGAUCGUGGUGGCGUGUAGACAUGUGAUCAUCUGUUUCUCCUACAUCAAGGCAUAUGGACCACUGGCAUUCAUGGCAGAGUGGCUGGGACCUAUGAUGCUAUCAGAGCCAUUGACCAGGUGGUGUGCAUCAGGUGUAUCUGUAUUCAUACUGCAGGAUUCAGUGUGACCUACUGUAAAUCAACAGCUGCAGUGGGCAGAAGGGCUGUAUUGAGAUGGGCUGCCUUGAAAUUACAAAUAUAACAAGUUGCAGGAGGCCAAACAGGUCUGCAUAUUCCCCCAUCAUCUGUCUGAAUCUCCAAGUGCCCUUUUGCAGCUGCUCAUGCAAGCUCAAAAACUGGUGGCUGCCUCCUUAUAUUGGCAGUAGGUACACACACAUGGUUGAAGCUGAUAGCCAUGCUCUGGGAACCUCUUGGAAGCUACCUCCAGCAUUUCUGUAUUUAGGCACAUACAUCGAGUUAACAGAAAAACAGAACUGGAAACUGUUAAGUCUGUGUACCCCUUCUUAUUUUGGCUGUGUUUAUACUACUGUUUGCUAUGCACUUGGGACGCGGGUGGCGCUGUGGGUUAAACCACAGAGCCUAAGGCUUGCCGAUCUGAAGGUCGGCAGUUCGAGGGUGAGCUCCCUUUGCUCGGUCCCUGCUCCUGCCAACCUAGCAGUUCGAAAGCAGGAAGUGCAAGUAGAUAAAUAGGUAGCGCUCCGGCUGGAAGGUAAACGGUGUUUCCUUGCGCUGCUCUGGUUCGCCAGAAGCGGCUUAGUUAUGCUGGCCACAUGACCUGGAAGUUGUACGCCAGCUCCCUUGGCCAAUAAAGCGAGAUGAGCGCCGCAACCCCAGAGUCGUCCGUGACUGGACCUAAUGGUCAGGGGUCCCUUUACCUUUACUAUGUACUCAGUGCAUUUCCAGUGCUGGGCUUUUAACCUGUGGUCACAUGAUGUUAUCAAAAAUGUGCCCUAUACUAAAAGUGAAAAUGUGGACACAAAAGCUUUUUUCCCCCUCUUUUUUUUCAGAAUCUAAAAAAAAACAAGACAUUUCAAGUGACUGCCGAAAAUUCUGCCCAGGCACCAUUUUUGAUGGGAAAAUCCCGGCUAUGUCUGGCAAAUUUUAGAGCGCAGUAAAGUUGUUUCUCCCCCCUUCCCAGCCAGAAUGUUUCACAGCACUUUGCCCCCAAGCUAGUCCCAUCAGCCAGGCUCCAUUGGAUUUAUUUCUGUUUGUGUACACAUCCAGGAGUGUUGACCAGGUUGAGGAUGUUUUUACCCUCUGCAAAGAUGUUCACAUCUUGACUAGAGAUGAAUUAGGAAUGGCUUAACACACUUUUAUUCAUUGUUUUCUAUAAAUAUCUCUCAGUUCUGUUGGAACGUUUAAAAAUGGCUUUGCAGGUCGAUUCCAGACUGGUGCUAUUUUGGAGUGGGUUUUAAGCACAUAUGGACUAAUUCAGGUUGUACCUUUAUAGCUGAUGAAGAGGUCUUGUGCAACAAACCCACUUCUUUAAUAAGGAAAGUGACAGGGAAAUGCUUUGGAACACACAGGACAGCACUUGCUUGGUGAAAGGUCAUUUAACAGCCCUAGAAACACAUGAAAGCUAAUUAAAUAACCAAUGUCAUCGUUAUCUAGUCUCCCUGGAAAUUCACCAGGAUGAAUAUAUUAAACUGCAUCCCUGUUUUGGCCAGUCCAUUUUCUACAAAUUUUUUUUGGAUACAGAGAUCCCAAAAGUACCCCUGUUCAUAUGCAGAGUUUUUUCCACCAUGGUAUCCAGUUUAUGGAGUAAGAACCCCAAAGAGUUACAGUUGUCCCCUCAUUGCCUUGCAAUAAAAGCUUCAGUGGUAAUCCGUUCUGGAAGUCCGUUCCAAAACCAAAGCGUUUCAAAACCAAGGCGUGCUUUCCCACAGAAAAUAAUGCAAAAUGGAUUAAUCCGUACCAGACUUUUAAAAACAACCCCUAAAACAGCAAUUUAACAUGAAUUUUACUAUCUAACAAGACCAUUGAUCCAUAAAAUGAAAGCAAUAAACAAUGUACUGCAGUCACACAAUCAAUCAGUAGCUGAACUGGGUUCCACACAGUCACAAAAACAAAACAAAAAAGAGCUGCAAAAACAAAACCGCAAAAUAAAUAGCAAAAACAGACAGACCUCAGCAUAACACUCAAAACGGAAGUGUGGCACUCAAAACGGAAGCGUAACACUCAAAACAGAGCAUGUUCGGCUUCCGAAAAAAAGUUUGCAAACCAGAACACUUAGUUCCGGGUUUGCAGUGUUUGGGUUCCAAGUUGUUUGAGUGCCAAGGUGUUUGAGAACCAAGGUACCACUGUUUUAAAGGUUAAUUUUCCUCUGAUUAUAAUUUUUGCUCUUCUGCUUUUGUUAAAUUUUAUUGUAUUGUGUUUGAUGGUAUUAUGUUAGCUACCCCUGCUUUAUGUUGUUGUGUAAGCCACACAGAGUGGGCAUUUUGCCUAGAAAGGUGGGGUGUAAAUGUAUAUGCCCCAGCUCCAGCUUUUCUCUCACCUGACACCUCUAAGUAAACAUGCAUAGAAUUGCACUAUACAUUAUUUAACCUCCUAAUUGUGUUUAUGAUGGGCAGCCUGCCCCCCAGCUGGAACUCACCACAACUCAGUUCCGGCACUUCUCAGGUGCCAUUGCCAUUAUAAGAGAACAAGGGAGGUGUUCGUGGUGAGUUCCAGCACCUAGUUUUUCUAGAAAAAGAGCACUGAUAACAGAGUAGUUUAAGGGUGUUAAGGUGUCACUGAUCCAUCUUUAGCAACCUUGAGAAAUGAAAAAGCAGCAGCAGGAGUGAUUUCCUUUUCUCCUUUUGAACAUUCCCUGCUGCUUCAUCUGACUAUAUAACACUUUUCUUCCCUUGAACAGAUUACUGGUGUUUAGAAGACCUAUAUCGGGAACUUGUAAAACGUUAUGUGGAUGCUAUUGACAAACUUCCUGGGAGACGGUCAGAUCCUGCUACUAUCGAAGGCUGCUCCCAACUGAAGCCAGACAACUAUCUCCUGGCUUGGCACACACCAUUUAAUGAGAAAGGUAAGGUGGUGGUUUUUCUGAGUUGAAACUUAUCCUACAUCAUUGUACUUUAAAGUAACCUACAGUGGAUUGGUAAGGAAUAAUAAAAGUCAGGGCCAGCUCAAGACAUUUUGCUGCCUGAGGCAAAGGACAAGGUGGCACCCCCCCCCAACCAAAUGCAUACACAGAAGCCGAUCUGACUGGUAGAAUCAUAGAAUUGUAGAGUUGGAAGGGACCCCAAGGGUCAUCUAGUCCAACCCCCUGCAAUGCUGGAAUCCCAGAUAAAGCAUCUAUGACAGAUGGCCAUCCAACCUCUACUUAAAAAUCCUACUCCAGUACAGUGGUACCUCGGGUUAAGUAGUUAAUUCGUUCCGGAGGUAUGUUCUUAACCUGAAGCACCACUUUAGCUAAUGGGGCCUCCCUCUGCUGCCGCGCCGCCGGAGCACGAUUUCUGUUCUCAUCCUGAAGCAAAGUUUUUAACCCGAGGUAAUAUUUCUGGGUUAGCGGAGUCUGUAACCUGAAGCGUAUGUAACCUGAAACAUAUGUAACCCGAGGUACCACUGUACUACACUUGAGGGCAGCAGGCUAGGAGUGCCACUGAAUUCAGUGGGUUUACUUCUAAGUGUAGGAUUGCACUAUUAGGCUGCGAGUUCAUGGACACUAACCUGAUAGGAAGCCCCAUUGCACAAAGGAGGGCUUACUUCUGAGUAAACAUGAAUGUGAUUGCAUUAUUUUUGCAAUCUGAAGAGUUUCCCAUUUUGCUGCUAUCUCAGCACUAACUGAUUUAAAUCAGUGUUCAUUACGUUGUUGUUUUUUUACAUAGCCCCAAAGAAGUACUGUUGGUUCUGGAGGCAACCACAGCUUCUUACAUAGAAAGCUGCCUUAUACUUAAGUCACAUUAUAGGUCCAUCUGGCUCAGUGUUAUCUACAGUUGAUGAACAGUGACUCUCUUGGAUUUAAGACAGGAUUGUCUCCCAUCCCUUCCUGCAGAUGCUGGGGACUGGACCUGGAACCUUCUGCAUUGCAAAACAGAUAUUCUACGAUCCUCCCCCUACAUUCUCAUUUAAUCUACUUCUGACUAUAAUGCCUCACUCAGUAAUGAAGUAUAUAAUUAUUUUGAUUCUUUAUAUGCUUUAUAAGUUGCCUAUAGUUACACGUGUUGAUGCGUAAGGGCAGGUUUCUUCCUUGUAUGGGCACUAUGACCAUGUGGGGAAAGACUGUACUCAUUGUAUAGUUUUUCAGCAAUUCCAUAUUUGCCUGGGAUGCGAAAGGCAAGCCGCCAGGAAUUCCUUUUGUAGGGCACUGCGUCCUUUUGUAAGUUAUCUCUGUCCAGUUUAAAUGUCUAUUUAAAGAGUCUUUGUGCUUGGCACGAUGCCUUCUGGUCCAGAUUUUUUUGUUCUGGAAUUUGUGUUUCUUUUCAGGAAUACAAUCUGUCGUGGAUCCUUUUAGGGGCCUGCACUAACCUGGACAUUUUGUCCAUGUAAAGCAAGUGUCAGCAAACUUUUUCAGCAGGGGGCUGGUCCACUGUCCCUCAGACCUUGUGAGGGGCCAGACUAUAUUGGGGGGGAAUGAACGAAUUCCUAUGCCCCACAAAUAACCCAGAGAUGCAUUUUAAAUAAAAGGACACACUCUACUCAUGUAAAAACAUGCUGGAUUCCUGGACCAUCUGCAGGCCGGAUUGAGAAGGUGAUUGGGCCGCAUCCGGCCCCCGAGCCUUAGUCUGCCUGCCCAUGAUGUAAAGUAAUCUAUUUAAACCAAAUUGCCCGGGGAGCAAAACAAGGCAUAUGUGAUGCCUCUCAGAGUAUGGGCCGAGACACAACUUCACUGUGGUAGUUAUUGUAUUAUUUAGGCUUCAAAUGCAAGUACUGUUUUUGGGGGUACAGGGUGUGGGUGGGUGUGGGGGAUUCCCUGGUCCUGAAUGGGGUAACUGUGCCCAUGAAGGACCAGGUGCGCAGCCUGGGAGUCAUUUUGGACUCACAGCUGUCCAUGGAGGCGCAGGUUAAUUCUGUGUCCAGGGCAGCUGUCUACCAGCUCCACCUGGUACGCAGGCUAAGACCCUACCGCCCGCGGACUGUCUUGCCAGAGUGGUGCAUGCUCUAGUUAUCUCCCGCUUGGACUACUGCAAUGCACUCUACGUGGGGAUACCUUUGAAGGUGACACGGAAACUGCAAUUAAUCCAGAAUGCGGCAGCUAGACUGGUGACUGGGAGUAGCCACCGGGACCACAUAACACCGGUCCUGAGAGAUCUGCAUUGGCUCCCAGUACGUUUCCGAGCACAAUUCAAAGUGUUGGUGCUGACCUUUAAAGCCCUAAACGGCCUCGGUCCUGUAUACCUGAAGGACCGUCUCCACCCCCAUCAUUCAGCCCGGACACUGAGAUCCAGCGCCGAGGGCCUUCUGGCGGUUCCCUCAUUGUGAGAAGUGAGGUUACAGGGAACCAGACAGAGGGCCUUCUCGGUAGUGGUGCCCACCCUAUGGAACACCCUCCCUUCAGAUGUGAAGGAAAUAAGCAGCUAUCCUAUCUUUAAAAGACAUCUUAAGGCAGCCAUGUUCAGGGAAGUUUUUAAUAUUUAACACUGUACUGUUUUUAACACUUGAUUGGCAGCUGCCCAGAGUGGCUGGGGAGACUCAGCCAGAUUGGCGGGGUAUAAAUAAUAAAUUAUUAUUAUUAUUAUUAUUAUUAUUAUUAUUAUUAUUUGCAUUCUGCAGAGAGAUCACUUUCCAGUCUUUAGUACUAACCAUUUAGAAGAGGCAUUGUACGUCUUCUUCACUGACUGCACAUGGCCUCACAAGGAAAGUGCAGAUUCCAGGGCCAGCACUGUGUUGAUGUGACACUAUAUCACUGGAAUAUAGAACCACUCAACACCAGCAUCAUAUAUUGAUGCAACUUCAUGGCAUAAACAUUGUAAUGCAAUACGAUGAUUAUUUUUGUCUCUCUGCAAUCAACCUCGUUUGACAGUGCUGCUGCCUCUCUCCCCACUAUGUCCUUCUCAUGGCAAUUGCUGGAAGAGAAAAGAAAAAUACCUGGCAGUUUUAGCUCACUUUCCCCCCUCUGGCCCCGUUCCAUGAAUGAAUAGUAGUGUGGUAGUGAAGCAGUUACAAGCACACUGCUCUCAUUCAUGCAUAGAUUGAAUAGAAACCUCAGAAAGUGUUUUGAGAAGGUAUGUGUAUCUCUCAAAGCAAAAUCACAAUAGCUGUUUGAGAUUCCAUGUAGGAUCUUUGGUAUAUAACGUGAUAUAUAUGUAACAACUAAUAAUAUAUAUAACAACUAGUAAUAUAUAAUAAUAUAUAUAACAACUAAACCCAUAUAAGCCAGACUUUAGGAAUGGUGCCGCAAAGGUGGCUGUCUUCUGAAUUGCUUCCUUAAAUGAUGUAUAUGAAGACAUGUGAAGUGAGAAAUGGCUAUAUUCAUAGCCACUAGAAGGCUAGCAGACAUUUGGUUGGUAAUUUCUGUUUCUAUAAAGCAUGGACUACGGGAGACUUGGGUUUAGAGGCUUUGUCCCUUAAAAAGUUAGCCUCUGCCCCCCACUCUCUUUCCAGCUUCAUGUCAUACUACCACAUAUAUAAAUGGGUGGGGGCAACCAAUUCAACAGCCGGACACCUUUUGUGUAGCCCCAGGCUUAAAUACGAUACGAUAUGAUAUGAUAAUAAAACAAAACAAGCUAAACAUAUAGAAAAGACUAUUGUUAAAAUGUAAUUAAAGGUUACAUUGGCUAGGGGAUAUUAUAACAACAACAACAACAAUAACAACAACAACAAGAAGCUUUUUACCUAGUCCCUGCCUAUCCCUUGUGAGGUGACAACAGACUAUGAGGCUCUAACAGCUUAAUCUUAUUCAUAGCUUAACAUGCACCAAGCCAUUCAGUCGGGUGUGAAGCAUUAAACUAAUAAGCAAAUACCAGGACUAAGUUCCACUACUAGGGUUGAAGCACGUUCCUGUGCCUGACAAGCUGGACACAGCACAGUUGGCAUCCCAAACUCCUAAAAACAGCUGGCACCCACGGUUUCUAUGGAGAAAAAGGCCUCAUAGGCCUAGUGCUGAAUUUUGAAAAGGGUCAGGGUUUCAGGUUAUCCUGGCAACCUUAUUCUCCGGCCUGGAAACCUUGUCUCUGUAUCUCUGGUAUGGAAAUGAACUCUGCUACUUGUUUUCUUUAUGUAUAACAAUGAGUGGCUAUUUACCCCUGUAUGAACUUAGGUUGAUGACACUUGAGUUGUCAUCAGAGGCCUUGCUUCAGACGCCUGCCCUUUUGAGAUACUGAGAGUGGUGAUGGGAGACAGUCAGGGCCUCUUCUGUCAUGGUCCUGGGUCUUUGGAAAAUCCUCCUCAAAGAGGGCUGCUUGGCACUGACAGUGCUUUCCUCUAGACAGCUAAUUAUUUUAUUGUUAUUUAUUCUUACCACUGCUUACAAUGCUGCUGUUACAAUUUUUUUAAAUGUUUUGCUUAUCUUGCGACUUUAUAUGAUGGGAGCUAUAUUAUGUUAAGAGGUGGCCUACAUGAGUAUUUGGAUUUUGGGGGUUUUUUUGUAUGGUGUUGCUUAUUGCUGAUGCUUUAUAUUGUUGUUGUUUAAUCUGCUGUUUAUUAAUUGAUGUUUUUUGAUUGGGGACUCAGCUAUAUGGCUGCAAAUGUAAUGUUUUAAGCGCAUUAUACAAAUGUGACACUAGAUGGCUCUAGUGAGCUAAUGGCAAAUUCCACAUAUAUUUUUAAAAUAUAUGUGUGUAGAUUCAGCCUGGCUUUUAUGUCUUUAUUAUUGUUUUAACUUAUAUUUCCACAUUCCUGCCCUUUAGACACCUUCAAGGUGGCUUGCAAAAGUUCAUCUAACAAUAUCAAGAUAAAACUCACUUCAAUUAAUGUAAUAAUAAUAAUAAGAAGAAGAAGAAGUCCGAGUAGCAAUACAGCUGUAUAAUGGAGGGGUGUGAUUGCCUUCCCUGCUGCGGCCUAAGCAAUGGACAUUGGUGCUUGGGGAGAGGGAACUCGCUGCUAGGAGCUGUUUCUAGGCUUGGUGUAAAAGUUGUUGCUUUCCUUCCCUCUGAGACCCCAAAUCAGCAACCUCCAGCUUUUAUAAUUCUUUCAAAAUACAAGUAUUGUAAGUUACCUCAGUGGGGAAAAAUGGGAUAUAAGCAUAAAUUCACUCAAAAUAUAUUACAUAUAUAACAAUCCAGCGAAAGUGAAUGUUUUCUUGAAUUGAUUUCAUUAGGAAAUUCAGCAAGAGAGAACACUGAACAUGUCUACUGAGAAGCAAGUCCCACCGAGUUUGGUGGGACUUACUCCCAAAUAAGUGGGGUACAGAAAUGUAUAGUCACACCCAGCCUAUGCAGAGCAGGGUGGGGGCAGCUAGGUACAUUUGCCCUGGGCCUUGGAGGGCUUGGCUGGCCGGGGGGCAGGGUGGUUUGGCCUGCCAAGGGACCGGCUGCUUUUUUGUUUGAGUUAAUAAUAAUAAUAAUAAUUUAUUAUUUAUACCCCACCCAUCUGGCUGAAUUUCCCCAGCCACUCUGGGUUGCUCCCAAUCAAAUGUUAAAAACAGUACAGCAUUAAAUAUUAAAAACUUCCCUGAACAGGGCUGCCUUCAGAUGUCUUUUAACGAUAGGAUAGCUGCUUAUUUCCUUCAUAUCUGAGGUGAGGGUGUUCCACAGGGUGGGCGCCACCACCGAGAAGGCCCUCUGUCUGGUUCAUUACAACCUCACUUCUCGUAAUGAGGGAACCACCAGAAGGCCCUUGGCGCUGGACCUCAGUGUCCGGGCUGAACGAUGGGGGUGGAGACGCUCCUUCAGGUAUACAGGACCGAGGCCAUUUAGGGCUUUAAAGUUCAGCACCAACACUUUGAAUUGUGCUUGGAAACAUACUGGGAGUUUAUAACUUUAUUCUAAGACUCCCAACUAGGGCCUCAGACAAGCUCUGCACGGGCCCGGUCACACCCUUAGCUCUCAUGUUAACAUCAACAGGACUUUAAAGGUGUUUCAUUUUGGAUUACCACACCCUAUAUACGUAUGUAUACUGAAUUAUAAUUACUAUCUUCCUCCCAGCUUAGCGAUGAGCCACCUGUUGCCCCUGGGCCGUGCAGCGCUUCUCUCAGGUUCAGGGUGGUUGGGAGGUAUGGGGCAUUCUUGACAUGACAGUUUAAGUCUGGCGUGCCCCUGGUGGAGGGGCCCUGGUCAGCUUAGCCCCGUGGGGUCUAGGGCAAGUGUACCUGUCUUCCCCCAUCCCUCUUCAUGGGCCUGCCUCCCUCCUUCAGAGUUCUCGGACUCUGACUAUCAACUUCCCAGCAGCCUUCUGGCUCCCACACCACUUCAAAAUUCACUAACAUCAUCAGCUACAAUCAAACGUGAUUCAAAUUAUCGUUCAUGACUCGUUUGCCUUUUUGUUGCUGUUGACAAUAGGUUCAGGAUUUGGAGCAGCUACAAAGGCCAUGUGCUUAGGGAUGAAAUACUGGAAGCCUGACAGGCUGGAAACUCUCAUUGAAGUGAGCAUUGAAGUUGGACGAAUGACUCAUAACCAUCCUACAGGUAAUGUCUAUGGAAAUCAACCUGUUUUGGUUAGGAUGUACUGACUCUGGGUUGCCCUGCCCCUUGCAAGACUGGCACUCCUGCCAAAGCUCUGGUUGAUCUGUGUGUGCGGCUUGAGGUCUGUUAACAGCAUUUGAAGGCAAUUGAAAAAAAUGCAAGUAGCACAGAACGCAGUUGCCAGGUUGUUGACAGAGACGGGGCAAUCUCAACAUAAAACACCAGUCAUGGUGAGCUCCCGUUGCUCUGUCCCAGUUCCUGCCAACCUAGCAGUUCAAAAGCAUGCCAGUGCAAGUAGAUAAAUAGGUACCACUGCGGCAGGAAGGUAAACGGUGUUUCCGUCCGCUCUGGCACUAGUCACGGUGUCCCAUUGUGCCAGUAGCAUUUUAGUCAUGCUGGCCACAUGUCUUGGAAAGCUGUGUGUGAAGAAAUACCAGCUCCCUCGGUGAGAUGUGCGAGAUGUGCCACAACCCCAUAGUUGCAUUUGACUGGACUCAGCCAGCCAGGGGUCCUUUACCUUUUAUAUUUUUACCUUACCUGCACUAAUUGCCAAUUUGUUUCCAAGUCAAAUUCAAAGUACUGGUUUUGAUUUUUCAAAGUAUUGCAUGGCUUGGGAGCUCAGUACCUCGAGGACGACCUUUCUCCAUAUGAAUCUACCUCGAUUUGAAGAAGGGAAUCUCUGUAUGUUCCCUGCAAAGAUGUUCAGAGGGUGGCAAUAGGAAAACAGAUGUUUUCUGUGGUAGUCCUAUUCUUAUGGGACACUCUCCUCUUGGAAGCUUGUCUGCUGCUAACAUUGUCAUCUUUUCAGCACCAGGAGAAGAUGUAUUUAUUUUUCUGGCAUUUACCCAACAAUAACAGUCUGGCUUUUAGCAGCUAUUUCUUUUGGGACCAUUCUUGGAUGGUAUGGUUGCUUGUAAGUGAUUAUUGUAGGAGAACACAUUUAGUAUGUUGCAUUGUUUUAUAUGGACAUGUCUCUUAUAGAUUUUUUUCUUUUGCAAGUUGCUUCAAGACUUCUUUGAUGGUGGGAAACAACACAUAAAUUCAAUAAACUAAAUUGUAUUCAAUAAACUACACUUACCCUGUGUUCUCCUCAUAAUGCAGGGGUGGAGAGACACUUGCAGGGGAAAGCUGGUGGGUGGGGAGAGGUGCUUAACCCUUCUCUGCCCUUCAGUUUCCCCUUGCAAAUGGCCCUGUGUAGUUUUUAAUAGUUCCCUGUCCUCAUCUGGGCUCCUAAACUGGAAGGAAGCCCAGUCAAGGGGGUGGGGGUGGGUGGAUUGCAGUACCAUUUGGACAGAGGAAACCUAAUAUAGUGGUUCAAGUAUGAAACAGGAAAGAAAUGCGUGUACACACACAACAAAUUUAACAUGUUCACCUUGAAGCUCCUAUUGUUUCAGUGGGCAUAACUCUCAAAUUAGCAUACAUAGGCCUGUAGCAAACUUAAGGUGCUUUUUGCUCAGGGCAGUUGUGGCUGGAGCUUUGCCUGCAUAAGUGCUUGGGGGCUCUUUCUUGCAAGGAUUCUGCAGUGUGCCAUAUCACAAUUGCAAUAUGUCAGAUUCAAGUUCUGCACUAAAAGCACACACACCCCAACUGCAAUUCUUGAUGCAUGAAGAUAGGAAUAGGGGUGUGAGCACUGGAGGAAAAAAGGGGGAGGAGGAAAGACAAUAAAAGCGCUAAUAGGAUGGCUGGACCAAUAGGAAGAAGAAGGAGCAGGUUGGAGAACCACUGGCAGUAAAGACAAACCUCAGCUUGACUAUAUCUCCUACUUCUGAGAUCUGGGGGGGAUGAGGAAAUGUUGUUUCUCCCAGCCAGCCAGCCACACUCAUUUAUGACUCUUCCUCUUUCUCUAUCCACUAGCCUGGUAAGUGGAACAGCAGUGGUCUGCAAUCUGAGAGCCAUUGCUUGGGGCACACAUCUGUUCUGCAGCUUCACCUGCCAUCAGUCUGGGGGGGGGGAACAAUGCAAUAUGCCCACCAUCAGAAUUGCAAAAUUACUGUAGGUCAGUAGAAGCAAUAACCAGAAACAGUUGCAUUCUGAGACCAGGUUAGGCUGUAGUCCAGUCUGACAUGAAAACAGUGACACCGUGCAAAACCACUGGUUAAUCAGAGCAAGAAACUUUUAUGGUUAAACUUCUGAUCAAUCUGUUUUAGGGCUGUUCAUACAGAGUUCAACAUGCAACAUAUUAUGAAUUCCUUUUAAUUUUCAGCAGUUCGUUUUCAUGAUUUACAUUUUCGGUAGCUCUAAGGGCCACAAAAGCAGUUGUUUUAAACCUAUGCACCAUUCUAAUGUUAUCCUCAUUAAGAUCAGUUGGACAUGUAAAAGAAGUCAUCACCCUGGAAUGUUAAUCUCAGCCAACAAUCAUCACAUAUCAGAUGGCUCCCUCCUAAGUAGAGACACAAGUUGUAAGUCAUACGUAUUUGCUGAAGUAUUCCAUUAUGCCAGUUCUCCCCAAUCUUGUUUCAUUACUUUAAAUGAUAAAUGCUCACACAAUCUUGCUUGUUUUCUAGGUUUUAAAAUGGCAAAAUAAAGUUGCAGACUAUGUGACUUUUAAGUGUUUGGCACACUACAUGAAGGAUCUGUAUUGAAUGCUAAGGAUGACAGGGAUUACUUGGAUUCAGUAAAUCUAUCAGAAUUGUCACCUUAUUUAUUUUUUUAAACUCAUGCGCUUUUAUUGGCAGUCUAGCUCUCAGGAAUAGAGUAGAUGAAGCAUCUCCUCCAGUGGAGAUUAAAUGGUGGAAAAAAGGCUCACAUGGUUUCUGUGUUAUAAAGGCACAGUAUCUCAACACGAUACAUCACUAAAAUAACAGGCACAUUGUAAUUAACACAACAGCCAAAUCGCUCAUUCUUUGGAGGACAUCAAUGCCAGAAUCAAAAAGGAAAAGUAAUUGUCCGAAGCAGUGCCACCAACACUUGACCAGCAUUUCAUAGGGGAAACCUCUAACUAAAAAUCCCCAUUUAAAAUAAGCAAAUAGAAAAAGAACCUACCCAAGUGAGGCUGGCAGAAACCUCCACACAUACCCUCUGUAAAAGAAUCAGGCAGAGGGCCUUCUCAGUAGUGGCACCCUCUCUGGAACGCCUCUCUUUGGUCAGGGGUUGAAAGUAGUGAUGAAGGCUGCAAUCCUAACUCCACUUGACCUAAGAAUAAACCCUUCUGGGUUCAACAGGACUUCUGAGUAGGCAUUGCACCAGUCAGUUAUAUACACAUACAGUAAUGCUAUUUGAAGUUCAAUACCUGUUUUAUAGGGAACAAAAAAAUAUUCCCGAAGAAAGGCAUAUAGCUUGAAAUGUGUGCAUGUUGUCUUUCUUUGAGCUUAAUAAACGUAGUUUCUUAUGCAUCUGUACGCUGAUUUCUCCUCCUUUUUGGUGCUACUUGGUGCCAUCGUCAUCACCAUUUUUCUAUGCUCCUUUCAGGGUUUUUAGGAUCACUGUGCACAGCUCUGUUUGUUUCAUAUGCAAUACAAGGAAAGCCACUGGUGCAGUGGGGAAGAGAAAUGAUGAAGGUUGUCCCAAUGGCUGAAGAAUACUGCAAGAAGACAAUUCGGCACAUGGCAGGUAACACUGCACAAUAUGCAAUUGCAAAUUCACACGUAAGGUGCAUAAUUGAAGUGUUUAUGCUCUGGUAGCUUAAUUUCCCUAACUGCCAUUUCAGGUGUCUGAACUCAGAAGGUUUUAUCAUGAGCCUAGAGAAAGAGAGAUGCUACUUGUCAAAUGAGCGGAUAGGGACAAGGACGUUACUGCCCCUGUGGCUUCCUUUUUAAUCUCCAUCUUACCCAAAAGGGUUCUUAAUGAAUCACCCCUGUAGGGAAUAGACAGGGUGAAGAAGAACAAUCAAGUACCUUCUGAUCCUCAACAGCCUCACUCCUGUCCCUUUUAAAUGUAUCCUAGUGUUUUGAAAUGUUUUAACUCAUAAUGCCAGUAAAGGUGUUUGUGUUUGUCAAUUUGCUACCUGUCCCUCUUCUCUGAAUCCUUGCUCUAGGAAUAUACCUAUAUGCACAAUUUUUAAAAACGAAACCCAUAUUUGGAUAGUGAUGCAGGCGACUACUGACAAAUAAUAGGCCCUGUGUUCUUUCUCAGAAGUUCUCUGGCUUUUAGCUAAACUUCUUCUUCUUCUUCUUCUUCUUCUUCUUCUCCUCCUCCUCCUCCUCCUCCUCCUCCUCCUCCUCCUCCUCUUCUUCUUCUUCUUCUUCUUCUUCUUCUUCUCCUCCUCCUCCUCCUCCUCCUCCUCCUCCUCCUCCUCCUCCUUCUUCUUCUUCUUCUUCUUCUCCUCCUCCUCCUCCUCCUCCUCCUCCUCCUCCUCCUGACUAGACCAGGUGCAGGAUUAAGUUGUAUAGGUCUGGUCUGCUUUUGACAGAAGGAUGCUGUCACUCUUCUUGCACGAUUCCAACCCUGAGUAAAAUAUGCAAGACUCCUAAAGCAUGCAUCUGUCAUUAUGGAGUGGAGUGAAGUGCAAUGCUAUUUUAGAAAUAAAUAAAGGGGACGACAUUUUAAAAAGCCUGCCUGAAACAAAUGUGAGCCCCUUUUCUCAAGGGAUCUCUCCUUUUGAAUUAUUCAUUCAAUUUCUUUUGUUUUUGUUUUCUUUAAAAAAAGCACAUUUGUUUAAUGUUUCCUGUUCUGCAUAUUCUCACUCUGUAGUUCUCAGAGGCAACUUUACUGCUAGGUAGCCACAAGUGAUCACCUGUGGUAGCACUUAGUACAGACAGAUGUUUGCUAUAUGCUGCAGAAGAUGAUGCCUAGAACUUCUUUGACAAAAGUCAGCCUUCUGCUCAGGGACAGCAUAGUGCAAAGGGUUUCAGGGCUGUAAAGAAGAAAGGAAGGGGAAUGAAGCAAGGGAAAGAUGGGGAGGAAAACCAUAUGUCUAAGGCCAUAGGUAAAUAACAAGAGGCUAGUAAGAAGCAUCUCUCAAGUGCCUUUGGGGGGAAUCCCAAAAGCAGAAAGCUGAGCAAUGUGACUGUGAGGGAACAGGUGUUGGGAGGGAAGAUCCUGACUGAGCAAAUAGUCAGGUAGGUGGAUGAAAAUGACUGGCAGGUCAAGGAUUUCCAGGAUCAGCUGUGAUACAGAAUGUGCGACAUCAGAGUUUCACCUACUUAAAAGGCCUAAGGUAUCCCUGGCUCCCUCCGGAUUGCAACAAGAGAUAAAGUAACUUUUCAGUCAGCAGAGAUCAGUAAGCUAUUUGCAGGUAAUAAAAUUGUAUUUUUGUUCCUGUCUUCAAAGUGCAAGUGGUACACAUACUGAGAAAAUGAGCAUAGCCUGCCUUUCUCAAACUGAAGCAACUUCACAAAUGACUUUUUCAUAAUCAGCAGCAAUCUGGUGUUUAGAAAAAAAAAAGUUUUCCUCCAGACCAGCCUUUCUCAACCUUGAGUCUCCAGAUGUUUUGGGACUACAGCUCCCAGCUUCCCUGUCCACUGGUCCUACUAGCUUAAGGAUGAUGGGAGUUGUAUUCCAACAACAUAUGAGGACCAAAGGUUGAGAACAGCUGCUCUAGACUCAGUAUAUAAACUGUGCUGCAAAUGUUUGUUUUGCUACAGAUACAGUGAUUCAGGAAGGUAUGCUGAAUAUUGGUGGCGGAAACAAAGCUACAGCAAUGGAUGCUGCAGAAGUGGCAGGGAUGUUGCUUCCUGUAGGAAAAUGUUUCAUGUGAAGCACCACCAGUUUACAAAGUGCACCCUCUCUACUUUUAAGCAUCUUUUGGGUGCAUACUCGGAAAAAGCUGCACAAAUGGGUAGAGAUGCCCAUCUUAGUUUAUUUGCAGAGGCUGCCUUCUGAAGAUCAUACAGAAAAAGAAAAAAAAAGGUGUUACUGCCAGCUGCCUUAUCAGGUAGCAUACAGCCUGCACUCAAAAUAGCUCCUGUUGAGACUUGGGAGGGCUUCUUAUGCUUUUUCUCAGUAUUCAGGACCCAGUAGUAAUUGCUGAAUGGACUACAGUAAAAGUUUGUUUGUAGGUUUAAUAGACUCUGUGAUCUUCAUUCUGGUUUUCCAAAAUGUGUGUCUGGUGGCCCUAUUUAUUUGUAUUUAAAUCUAUUGUAUUAAAAUCUAUCCCCCCCUUUUUUUUACAUUGUGAAGAUAAGCUAAUUAGUAUUGUUGAGAGGCUAAGAAUAGUUGGACAGGUUUUAUUUAAUUUUCUUCAUGAGAGUUCUGUAAAUUGGAUUUUGUCAUUCAUGAUGUUGCACUGAAAGAACCUAUUCAAGAUUAAAUGUACCAUAAUUAAUUUGUUUUUCAUUCAGAAUAUCAGGAGCAUUGGUUUUACUAUGAAGCGAAAUGGCAAUUUUACUUGGAGGAGAGAGAAAUCAAUGAAGACAACCAGAAUAAACCCAACUUUCCUGACAAUUAUGAUGCUGAGGAAAGAGAAAAGGUAAACUCUUCAACCAAAAAUUCUGAAAGUAUUGGGGACAAAUAUGUACUGAUACUUUUCCAUCUGAAAGUGGGUCCUAUUUUCUUUAAUUUAGAAACAAUUGCAACCAAGUACCAUAAAAUGGUUUACUGAAUGACUCAAGCCUAUGGGAUAAAUAUUAGAUUGGUGCUAGGUUUAGUGUAGGGGUGGACUUCUAUAUAUGAUUGCAGUCCAAUUCCCAUCAGCCCCAUUAUAGACAUUGGCCAGGGAUGAUGGAAGUCGGGAUCCAGCAGCUCUUGAAGUUGCUGGAUCAACUUCAUAUUCCAUGUGAGAUGGGGAAUAGGAGAUCCAAGGUCACACCAUUGCAGCUGGAGGUGAAGGGAAGAGCCAGCAGUGUAGCUUAAUGCUGUCAAAAUAUUGGGUUCCAGAUGUGGCAGCUAAUGUGCAGAUGGUCUAGAACGACACACAUUGCAGUUCAAAGCAGGAAAAAGAUCAGGUUACAGAGGUAGAAUGUGGGAAAUGGUGGAAAGCAGACAUUCUGGCAGUCUCCUCAACAGAAAAACAGUAUGCUUAGAUUGGGGAGCAGAAUCUAACAAAGCUGAGGUUUUAUAGGGUCAGAUGGAACUGAAUUAGCUGUCCAGGUCACCAAGCAGAUGCUGAGGUUGGGUAGCAAGGACUGUCAACGUGCCUCUAGCAAUCUAAUUCUGCCUACCACUCUUUCAGCAGACAUGCUAAGUUGGUGGCACAAGAGGUAAGAUGUCUAUGUCUGCUUGCUGGUGGCUCCAAUUAUAUAUCCCAGGCACUCUAUGAAAGCUGCAGUUUCUUCAGACCUGUGCGCUGCUGUGCUCUCUUUAUUUUCUUAACUGAGAUCUGAUUCAAAUGCUAUGACUAUCGUACUCCUGCAUGACAAUGACUCCACGGGGUGCCUCUGACAUUUGAAACCCCCUCACCACCUGUCUCAUCUGGGUUGCAUAGAUAGUCUUCAUUACAAUGCCAGUAUUCUUUAAUGCAUUAUCCCAGUGUACGAAGAUUAUCCACAAGAUCAGGUGACCUACCUUGUGAAAUGGCUCUCUUGUCACUCAUGCAAGCCCUUUCCUCACCAGUAUUCCAUACAAAGUUACAAUAUGCACAAUCCAUUCUGUUACUUGGAGACUUGCCCCAAACAGAUUGCACCCAAGUAAAAGGCAACAGCACUUAAAUAGGAUGCAAAUUUUGCCAAGAACAUUAUGGUAGUAUCUACUUACAUUUCAGCAUUUCACGAAGUUGCAGUACAGCAGAAGCUGCUGUUAGAAAAACUAUUACUAAGAAUUCCAGUAUCAUCACUGGAUGUAGAUGUGACAAUUGCUUAGCGGUCAGGAUGUUUGUUUACUUGGGGCACCACUUAUAGUACAUUAAGAUCUUCUAUAUGGCCUUUGUUGCUCAUUCUGUGAAGGCUACAGCUUUCAAAAAACGUUGGCUAACUGUGACCUUCUUCUGUAGAAAUAUACAUGUAUGCUCAGUAUAAUGUGAUACCCAUGCAGGAAACCAUCAUCUGUGCAAUAAGGACCUUCAAUCAGCAGAUAGGACAAGUCCCGGUUAAAACUUUCUGGAUCACACACUGUCUCUCUGUCUCUCUAUUUUCUCCACCUCUUUACAGAAAGUGUUCAACGGUCAGUGAAUGAAAUAAAAAGGUUUGCCAAGAACAACAAAAACGGUAACAUGCAGUUCCCUCUCUGAGGAAGCAACCUUGUGGGAUUCCACAUUUUUAUAGACCUAAGUGAUAAACUGUAGGCAAGUUUUGAAAACGCAUAGGCAGUGUUGCAAAUGCCAUCAUGGUAAUGUCAGAGAAGCAAAUGACAUCAUCAUCACCAUCACCACCAUCUUCAUCAUACAGUAAUCUCAGAUAAACUGAUGGAGGCAAAUGGAAUCCUUAUUUGUGAAGGAACCCAAGAAAGAUGAGCUAUCUAAGAGAUUGCCUUAAUGUGGUUCCCCCAAAGCCAAGAAAGGCCAUUUUCAUCUUGUUUCAGAUUAAAUAUUUUUUUAAAGAAAUAUUUAAUGUAUGCUAAAGCAAGGCUUGACUACACACAGAAAUAAGGAAUGAGCAAAUGUCGCUCCAAUAUUUUUAAAAAGAAACAAAAAAGGGAGUAUUUUAAAGCACAAUCUGCAAUUUACCUCAUGUUUCUGUGCCAUGCUAUGAAAAGAAAAAGAAAAAAGGCAAAGUAAAAGAGUGGCAUUUAAAUCUGUAUAUUCUGGGUUGCGUUGCCAUCAAAUUCACCCAACCAAACUCAUUAAUUAUCCAUUCAGACUUAUAGGAGAUGGAGUUCUGAAGGUCGUGGUGGAAGGAGAGGUCAUGAUGCUCCCAUGAUUGCAUAUGAUGCUCUCUUAGGAUGUGGUAGUGAUUGGACCGAGCUCUGCAACCGGGCAAUGUUCCAUGGCGGUGAGUAAUCUAGUAGUUCCUUCAUGUCGGUUCCUUAUAACCAUAACAGCAAAAUAUAUUCGGCAUACAUACCAUUAUAAUUUUUGAUUAGGGUCAGUUUGGCUACAUUAGGUGACUCACUAAUAAUUCUAGCUCUUUCCACUUACUACAAUCAUUGAAGUAUCUUGCAUCUAAAGCACUUGUUGUACUUUCCAAUUACAGUGGUACCUCAGGUAACAUACGCUUCAGGUUACAGACUCCGCUAACCCAGAAAUAGUGCUUCAGGUUAAGAACUUUGCUUCAGGAUGAGAACAAAAAUCGUGCUCCGGCGGCGCAGCAGCAGCAGGAGGCCCCAUUAGCUAAAGUGGUGCUUCAGGUUAAGAACAGUUUCAGGUUAAGUACGGACCUCUGGAACGAAUUAAGUACUUCACUUGAGGUACCACUGUAGUAAUUAUUGCAGUAAUGUUGUGCUGGUUGGGAAAAGCUUCAUUUCUUAUUCCCAUAAAGGAAGUGGCAAUCCUACUAUCAAAGAAAAGUUAAGCCACAGGAAUUGUGAGGUGUGUUUUUUUAAUCUACGAAAGCUUAUAUGGUCUACACCUAUGUUUCACAACUAGUUUUACAGCAGGAAGGAGAUGACAGGCAAAGUGGCAAAGUUUGUUAAAGGCACUGGCCUUAACAAGCUGUGGUUCCCAUAAUUCUUUAGGAGAAGUCAUGACUGCUAAAGUAGCCUAAGAGUGCUUUAAAGGUAUGAUGUGAUUGUGACAUGAAAGACCAAUUGUCAGCAUGGGAAUUGGGCAUGUCUUCUUUGGGCUGUUUCCACCUUAGAGUUGUUUCCCCCCCGCCCCAGUGACUUUUUUAAAUGUUUCUGCCAACCUGAUACUUGUCUCUUGGUGGUGCCAAUUUGGACCAGCGCUCAGAGAACUGAGAUUGCUCUUAAUAUAGAUGAUAUUAUUUCACGGAGAAGCUAAAAGGGCAUGCAACUGGGUUCUCGUUUCUGCUUUAUUUUACAGGUGAGAGUGCAGCAACUGGAACUAUUGCUGGCUGUUUGUAUGGCUUGCUUUAUGGGCUCAACAAGGUCCCUAAAGGCUUGUACCAGGAUCUUGAACAGAGGGAGAAGCUAGAAAACUUGGGAGAGGCUCUCUUCCGACUAUCUUCAGAGGAAAAGUAAAGAUGUUUUUGCCAUUUCAUUUUAUUUUUAAAAAGAUUAUAUUAUACCCUGCAGCCAAAUUCCUAAGAAGCAACUCUAAACAGAUUUGUAAAAAUUCAGGAAAAGAAUUGUCUGCCCCUAAGUCUCAGUGAAGUCACACUGUCUUUAACAUGAUGUUAUUUUAUUCAUUUACUCUGAAGUACUCCCACUACUCCACAGAUAGGAGUUUCUUGACCCGACAUAAGGGCCAGUCCACACAUUACAUUUUUGUUAGCAAAUAUAGGGACAGAAUUAGCUGCAGCUAAGUGUACAUUGGGUUGCAAAUCUAUAUUUCCAUGUAAUGUGUGGAAAACUCCCAAACUAUGCCAAUAUUGUUGCAGGCAGCAUUAUAAAAUGCUGCGCAGAGGUAGAAUAGUAGAAUUAUACUAUUAAAUUUAUUGUAAGCCACUCCAAUAAUUUAUUUGAAGAAAAGGGUAUAGUAAAUAAAAUAGAUUAAGGGUAUUUAAAUUCUGUCAGUAUUCAAUACUUAAGAAUGUCUUCUAAUAUUAAUUAAUAUUAAUCAUACUACUUUAAUUAUAGCACCUUGGCAUUAUAAUUCUUGGGGGGAUGAAGCAGUUUAAUAACCCAUUUUUGUUAUAAAAUUCUGCAUCACAUCAAAAUGUGACUGCAUGUACACAUAUGCCAAUAAUAUAUAUGUAAAACUAAUGCUGUCUGCACCCCUAUUUAAGGCAAACUAAUUUUAUCACCCUUUGAAGGAAGUUUAUCUGAGAUUCUAUUUCUCCAGUCCAUUUUUAUGCACUCUUUCCAGUUUCCUCUCAACUCCGUAAUAUCGACGUUUCUGUGAUAUCACCUAACUGAAAAUCAAUUAAAUGUAUAUCCUUUUUCAGAACUGUAGUGCCUAAAUAUUCUAGGAAGUUAUCUGAGAUUUAGCAGAACACAAAUAUAUAUAUAUAUGCAAUGUAACAAAACACAACUCUACAACUAUUCCUGGCUUCCUAUAUAUUUUUGUGGUGAUUCCCCCCCCCCCAAGAAAAAACCUUUACAAACUUUUUAAUGAUUUGGGUGGCUAAAAUACUUGUAAAUAAAUUAAUCUUAUGCCUCUUCAUAAGCAUCAUUCAUUAUUUUGACAUUGUGUGCAUUGCAUGUUACUGUGUCAUUGCUGGAAUUCUUGCUUGCAGUUGUCACUAAGUCAUUGUUGGUCAAGGUUACAGUGAGUUUCUUGGUGCUGAGAAUCUCUUCUACUACAAAAUCUAGAAAGUGUUGUUCUGGUGUAGAAAGAUGUAGGAUAUAUAGUGGCAGAUAAAGAGUUUCAAAGUUAGUGGGUUGGAUCCAGACUGAGGCUGCAAUCUUACAUACAUUCAACUUGGAGUAAGUUCUGUUGAUUUCAAUGUGGUUUUCUUCUGAGUAAAUAUGGAGAUGGCUGGUAGUUGUGGCAUAAGUUAAGAGCAUUUAGAUUCUGUUAAAAUCAAUAUAGAAAGUUAGUAAUGACUAAUUUAAGUCCUACUGAUUUCCAUUGGACUUAAAGUGUGACCAAGGUUGGCACUCAACUAAGUCUUACUCAGAGUAGACCCACUGAAAUGAAUGGGCCUCACUUAGUCAUGUUCAUUCAUUUCAAUCGGUCUACCCAGAGUUGAAUCUAGUUGAAUACCACAUAAACAGUGCAAGUCUUACCAUGUCUACUCAGAAGUAAGUCCUAUUCAAUUGGGCUUACGAGUUCCAGGUGAGUAGGAUGGAUUGCAGCCUAACCUAGUCUAGAUGCAACCAAGGCAGCAGAUAUCCCUGUGUAGAUUUUUAUUCCCUCCGUUGUUCCUGAUGUAGAUCUUCACUCAUCCCUUCUUCCGUGGUGGUAGGAGGCAUGCCAUUUUGUGGUUUACCUCAGGUGCCAAAAUGUAUUGGGCCAGCCCUUUGUGUAAAUUUUGACAUACACUGCCAGCUUCCACCUUAGUUCUUCACUGUGGUCAGGUCCUUCACUCUCUCCUGAAAUUUUAAGGUGUUUUGCCAGUCAGAGGUUGACUCCCAAAUGAAAAUACACUGCUGGCCUCUUUCUUCUUCUCCAUGUUGAACGUACUCUCUUAAACAGUCACCUUGUACGUUGUAACAGUAACCUUGUAACUAUGAAUAGUGACUGAGGCAGCCUACAAAACAAUCUCUGUAUAAUAUGAUCCAAAUUAUGAAGCCGCAUUUGCUGUUUUAUAUUAUUACCUUUGUUUCAAAGCAGUGCCUUGGGCAGUUUAUUUUAUAUGCCCCCAAUCUAUUUUAACUUUCUGAGUAAACCGCUUUGAAGUCCGAUUGAUUUCUGAUAUCAACUUUGUGCCUCAGUCCCCUUUUACAGUAAAUAGGAUGUAUAGACCGUUCCUAUGUACUUUUACUAAGAAGUAGCCACCACAGUUCAGUGUGACUUUACUUCCUAGUAAUCAUGCAUAGGAUUGCAUUCCUAACACAUAACUUUAAUUCUUUCCAUAGAAUACCCAUUCCUAACCCUUUGUCAGCAGCUAUACUUAGUUGCCCUAAGAGUAUAUGCAAUUUGCUUUCAUUUGUUGAAACUGCUGAAGUGAAGAAUAUAGGUGCUGAAACAUACAAACAGGUCAUUCAUGACAAGACACUGAUUUAAUUCUGGCCAGGAAAGAAAAAGGAAUUUGCCAUAUCAUUAGCAAAUCUCUAAUGUGAUCUUUGGGUUCUUAUGUUACCACAGCAGCAUAGGAAAGUUUCCUCACUGCUGAGGUAACACUGAAGUGAGUCCUAUGGACUCUGACCCACAGUGUGAGUUCUUUGUUUAAGAUUGAAAUUUUCUGCCUCUUGACACCAGAAGACAAUUAAAUGAGACCCAGGCCCACAAUGCUGGUUUCAAGACCUCCUGAAUAUGCCUUUUGUGUGUGGGCGUUGAUGAAACAAGGAUUUCAUAUGGGGGAGGGAUUGGAGAGGGACUGAAGAAAUGGGGAACAGAUAUUUCCCCUUCAUUCCCGAAGCUAGAUUUAUAAAUGCAUCAUAGUCUUUGUUUGAAAUAAAACUCUUGAUGUGUUCUUUCCAUCUGAAGGCUCCUAUAACUUGAAAGGGCAAAUUUUUUAAAUCAUCGGGUAUAUUUAAUAUUCAUCCUUGAAUUCAUACUUCGGUAACGGGAAGAGAAUCCAGUGAGUGACAUGGCUUGAGAUUAACACCAGUUCCAAUAAAUCCAAACCUUGAAUCAGUGACGUUAUCCAUUCUUUCAUGUGUGCGUCAGGCAUGGCCUCAGCAGAAGCUGCUUUUUAUAAAAGUGUUGUAUACGUGUGUUGUCAUGCAAUGGGGAAAACCCCAAAACACAGUGACAUCUAGCUGUUCAUCCUUAUCCUCAUAUGCUGCAUAUUGUUUGUUGUAUUCAGUGCUGGCCAACUGUCAAAGUUUUCAUUGCUUUGUAGUCUUUUUUUUUCCAUUAUGACAAUGGUAAUUAUAAGCAGAACCUGUGAUGUUGAGCACAACUGUUUCAUUCAGAUGUUCUUGUGUGCAAUGUUUACCUGUGAGAAAAGCUCUGAGGCCUAGAUUUUGCCAUCUUCAUUUACAAGCAGAGGGGUGAGGGGCAGUCUGCCACUUACAUGGGAUACUGUUCUUCAGGAACAUCUAUAUUUCUGGUUAUUGUGAGGUAUAAAAAAGUCACCAUAACAUGUGCUGUUAAAAUGCAACGUUGUUGUGUGUAUUUCUGUCUGAAGAUCUAUCUCUCCAAAAAGCAGUCUUUUGAUGCUUGCUGUGAAAUCUCUUUCUGCUCCUCCCUCCUUCAAACUUGAGCUGGCAUCCCUGUUGAUAGGACAUGACCAUUAAAAGUACCUUUUUUUAAAAACCACAAAGCAACAACAACUCUUCAUAAAAUGUCACAGCUUGUUGAGAAAGGAAAAAAAUAAAUAAAUGGUUGACUAUCUUAUAGUGAUGUGGAUGGCAGAAUCUAUCUGAAUUUAGCAGCUUAUGUUGCUUCUCGAAAUCAGAAAAGCACCUUCAUUGUAUGGUCUGGGCAUCUUACGUGGUAAGGAUGAACUCCUGAUCUGCUGGAAUCAAAGCUGGCAUUUGCCCUUGCAUUCACCAGUGCCAGGAUUUCAUCCCAAGGCGAUUUGUUGUCUUGCUUUUGCUUGUAUAUGAAGAGGUAUAAAAACUUAAUACUGUCCUGGUAUGCAGACUGAAUCCCAUUCACAUACUACUUUAUUAUUACGUGAAUUAACCUUCCAAGUUUUUUUAUGGUGCUAGAAAGUUGAAACCUCUGGUGCAUUUUCCCCCCUCCGGGCUAUUGUCUAUUACUGUUGACUUCACCAUGUAGCUUUCACACUGAGUUCACUAUUUUAUUUAGUAACUGAUCCUCACCAGUUAAUGCAUUUCCUAAAUCCUCAGCUGCCUGUAGGCCUAAUUCUUCAAACAGAAGUAGGCUUAUAACCAUGCCAGACUUCUAUCUCUACCCAUGUUAAUAAAUGAAAGGAUAGAGAGGUCAAUUGAUACUGUGUUGGAUAUCAUGGUAUACAAUGCUUUUAUCUCUGGCUUUCCUGAUUUCAUUGGGAUUCAGAAAAGGGAUUUUAAGAGAACAUUUCCCCGCAUAAUUGAUGGGAAAGCAGGUCAGAUUUUCGCUUAGGACUAGAUGGAUUUUAUUACACAGUGGAAUGCUGCAAGCUUUCAAACUUUGCUAGCUCCCUAUAGAGAGCAGGCCAGGCUCCAAAGCGUUCUGUGCAUUAAAAAGUAGGAUUUGGACUUGCAUUUCUCAAACAGUAUCUUCAUCACAUCCUACUAUCAGAUGACAAACUGCAUUAGAAACUGAGGGUUUCAAUAGUAUGGCAUGAGAGUCGGUUGAAAUAAAACAAGUUUUUUUGUUUUGUUUUUUAAACCCCACUGAAUGAAUGAACUAUGUAAUCUUUUGCUAGUAUCCUGUUCCUCUCUGGUUUCUGCCCCUUUCAGAAAUGCACAGGAUUUAAAAAAAAAAUACAGACAGAACCUCACACUACAUAGUGUCAUGCUCCAGACAUGACACAUAGUCAUAUUUUGUUUUCUGGUACUUCAGCUGCAUGUUAAGCCACUAUGCCAUUAUUUGGAAUGUGCCUGCAGAGGCGCAUCCUGUGUUUCAAAGAAAGUUUAAAAAAACACCACUCUGUGCUAAUACUAUGUAUGCUUACUGUUCAUAACAGCCAUUCCUGGACAGGUAUCAGCAAUCAUCUGUUAAUAACAGUCAUGGCUAAGACAACUGUUGUAUAUCAUCUUCUGCACUGGAUAAAUGUGCCUGGCACAUUAAGAGGAGUGCCGAUGUAAUUUUACUUCUAAAAUUAAUGCUCAUUUUUUAUUAUGCAUAUAUUAUGGUUUUUCACUUUUAAAAAAACCUGUUGAUUUUAUCUAUAUCUUGAUACAUUUUAUUAUGUCUACCUGUUUUUAAGUUUACUUUUCUUGGUAAUAUGAGUAUUUUAUACUGUGUGUUUUUUUAAGGAGGAGGACUGUAGUUCAGUGGUAGAGCACCUGUAUUUCAUGCAGAAGGUCUUAAGGUCAAUCUCUGGCAACUCCAGAUAGGGCUGAAAGACACCCUUGCCUAAAAUUCUGAACAGCCAUUUCCUGUCAGUGUUGACAGUCCUGAGCUAGAUGGACUUAUUGCCUGACUCAGGCAAGUUCCUGUGUAAAAAUAAAAAAUAAAGCGGUAUAUAAUCUUGUUUAAUAAAUAUAAACACAUUAAAACCAGUAAGGAAGUAAAAGCAAUGUUGAUGACUUUCCCUGGACAAAAACAACAACAUUCGUUUUCUUUUAUGCAGCAGAAGUAAAGGUACAAAGCUGGGCAGUGAUAAGGUGCUGGUUGACCCCAUAGUGCUGAAGAAGAAGCUCAGUAAGAUGUCCACAGAACUAGGUGCAUUUGCUGUCCUCAGCAGCCUUCUACUUUACCUCACAGACCUCCUAUCCAGCCAACCCCAGGUCGAGAGCAAGAAGGCCAAGUGGCUCGAAGGGAUAGAGAACAAGGUGAACUCGAGGCGCGAAUGCCAUAGCGCACAUGGCGGCAUUCGUCCCACCAAAUUCCAGCUUCUGCAAUCGAGGUUCAUGAACAACAACCGCGAGGCCUACAGGAAAAGGUCGAGAGAGGUUGGCAAGCUGGUCAUUAAAGAAAAGCAGAACAGAAAUGGGCUAAACUCCAUUGUAAGCAAGCUGGACAAAAGCUCCUCAAAAGAAGGAGAAAGCCCAGAGAUAACACCCCACGAUAAAGUCAAAUGGGUCUGCUCAACCGGGAAAAAUACUGUGAAGAAUAUCCUGAAGAAAUUCUUAGUUGCUGAGGAAAAAGAAGCUAAAGAAAGAGAAAAGCAGGUGGCUCCAAAAAAGAAGACCCCAAACGAUAACCUGCCCAAGAUAAUCAACAAAAACUCUGUCUUGUCCAAACUGAAAGAAAAGUUUGAACAAAGCAGUAAUAUCUGUUCAGCCAUUGAGGUGAAAUCUUUGCUGCCGCGCAAAGGCGAGAGAAAGAGCAAAAAGGGCCCAGAGAGAAAAAAGAUUUGCAAACCUGAAAUAAGAGUGCUUGAAAGGAAACUAAGGACAACCACAAUUGUCAACAGCCCUCAGCCUCAACAGCUGGUAUGCACAACUGUCCCUACACCUAAAUUCUGUGUUGCUACUGAAAUUAGUCACCCUUGGAGCUGGGCUACAAAUGCCAAGUCCACCACUCAGACUUCUGAAGUGGGGAGGCCAAAAGACACCCAGAAAGCACCUGGCAUUGGGUCUCAUGACAGCAGGAUACCAGAAAGCAUGACACAUAAAGGGCAACUAGGAGGACAGUUGCAAAACAAGCAUCAUGAAAUGUCUAAGGUGGUGGCUGACAAAAAGGACAUUGUCGAGAGUAAUGUAACUCCUACAAGCCCGGGUUCUAAUCAAGACAGUGUUCUUCCUUCAUGUGAAAAUGUGUCCCUUGUUGAUGGCAUUCCUCCUUUAUCUAAGAACAGCUUAGAUCACAAAGAGAACAUCAUACCGCCUGUGGAUGAUACCUUUUCCAGGUCCAGAGACAAAAAUGCAGCAAAAAUCAUGAGCAGAGAAAACAUACCUACUAACGACCUCUCUUCUAAUCCAGCUGAAGGAGUUCAUGUACAUAGUCACCAGGAAAUGAAAGAGGAUGGGAUUCCUGGCAUACCAGAAGGCAUGUUCAGGCCAAAGGAGACAGAAAUAGAAUUAGCAGAGCCUAUAAAAGAUCCCCCAUUCACCAGCCAAAAAUGUUUCUCUGAAAAGAAAGUGUUGGAAAAUAUUCCACCAUUUCUCUCUCCUGUAGCUCAGGCAUCUUGUAACAGAGAGCCUCCAAUAAAGGACCAGCAAUCAAGUGUUGAACCUGCAGCUGUUCACAAAAUGCCUCCGCUUAAGCCAAGUCAAGAUAACGCACAAAGUUUGGGGAGCACAUUUUCUGACACGGUUCAGAACAAAGAGAAGCUGCCUGAUAAGGAGGAACUAUUUCCUAGCCUUAACAAAAGCGACCAUGCGGGUAAAGCAAAAAAGGGAGUGCUACAGCCAUCGAGAAGCCAAGGUGAGCCAUCUGAUCAACAGGCAGAAAGGGAGCAUUUGCCCAAGGAGCCACAAUCACAUCCAAAGCUGAGCCAACAAAAUAACCCUAGCUCAAACAUAUCAAAACAGACUAUAGAUCAACCACACCAAACUCCUACUUCAAAUAGGAGCCAGAAAGACAACAAUGAUUUAAAAGGAAAUGAUUUUGAAAAAGAGCUUUGCCCUUUGACUGGCGAUUUAGAUAAAUCCAGCUGUGUUAGAGCAGCAGAGAAUACUAGCAAAGCUGAACUGCGCUCAGAUAAUGAAAAGACAAAUUCUGAAAACAAGAGCAAAAAGGGAAAUAGUAGCUUGAGCCAUUUGGAUACCCCUCAGAGGCUGCCGGAAGAAUUCAUCAGACACGAAACUGGCAAUCUGGAAAAGAAUCCUACACCUCCUUUUCAAAAAUCUCACUCAUCCUCACUAACUGACUCAGCAAAUCCAGAAGGCGAUACUCCAGAAGUCGACAGACCUUGGUGCAGUGUUGGAAACCUCCAAACCCCAACAUCAAAUGCAGUGAAAAAGAAAGAGAGCUGUAUUGUAAGAGAUAAUGCAGCCACUCCUAAUUCUGAGAAACACCACUUCCCUUCUCCAGCUGAAUUGCUGAAGCCCAAGGGGGCACCUGGGCAAGACAGCAAGCCAACAACAAGCAAUUUGUGCAAUGAUUUAAUUAAGAGUGAAAACCAUGCUGUAGAAGUUGAGGGUAUGAGUCCCCAGACCAGGAAGUAUCAACCAGCCUCAACAAAGGAGACUAGAAAGCGUGAAAUUAGUCCUGUAGGGGAGGCAAGCCCCGCGCACAAUGUGGAGAAGCAGCAGGUGCCCUUAGGAAACAAAACUGGGAAGCAGGAAAGCAUAAAAGUGAUGGCAGAAGUAAAGCCUGAGAAAAGCGGAUUUCCCUCCCCAAAUGAAACAGUAAAGCAGGGGAACAGUGAAGGAGGAGAAAGAAAUCUACUGAAAGAAGUACAAUGUCUAAUUCCAUCAUCUGUUGACAGAAAGGGGCAAGAUGACAAGGUAACAAAAGAGAAAAACUCUAUAGUGGGAGGUAAGAAGUUGGUGCGUAACUCCAAUAUGCCCCAGAAAUUAAUAAAAAGUGACCUUGCAGAGGGUGGUGGUGAAAGAGCAGGUUCACAGCAGCUGACCCCACCAAAGCAUAAACCUAGCAGGCCGGGAGUGUUACCUUCCCCAGAUAACUCAAAAUGUCAAACACCAUCAAGAGAUCCAGAAAAAGGUGGAACUGUUGCAUCAAAAGAUGAAAACGCUGCAAAACACCAGCUCUCCACACUCAAAGAACCAGUGAAGUGUGAUGAUAAUGCUAACCAAAGAAAUGCCCAGGAUAGCCUUAAGACUAAGAGUGACAAAAUACCAUUAUCUGGCAAGAAAGUGAAACCUGAAAGCAAAUCGGGGAAGACGAAAGAGAACACUAGUAAUUCUGGGCAAAACCAGUUACCUUUGGAAAAUGAACUUCCAAAGAGUAAAAAGGCUGAGCCAAUGAAACCUACAGCAGAGAAGUCACAGAAACCAUCUUUAGAUGACUCUAGAAAUGGACUUCCAAAGAGUAAAGAGACUACUGUAAGCAAAUUGGGGAAGACAAAAGAGAACACUAGUAAUUCUGGGCAAAACCAGUUACCUUUGGAAAAUGAACUUCCAAAGAGUAAAAAGGCCGAGUCAAUGAAACCUGCAGCAGAGAAGUUACAGAAACCAUCUUUAGGUGACUCUAGAAAUGGACUUCCAAAGAGUAAAGAGACUACUGUAAGUAAAUUGGGGAAGACAAAAGAGAACACUAGUCAUUCUGGGCAAAUCCAGUUACCUUUGGAAAAUGAAGUUCCAAAGAGUAAAAAGGCCGAGCCAAUGAAACAUGCAGCAGAGAAGAAACCAUCUUUAGAUGACUCUAGAAAUGAACUUCCAAAGAGCAAAGAGACUACUGUAAGGGAGAGAGGUACUUUGUGCAACCUUAAGGAACAUCAGAUACCAGCACCAAAUGAAUCAAAGACUGAGCCAGUAAAUCUUGCAGCAGGGGAGCCGCAGAAACCAUCCUUGAAUGACUCUAGAAACCAUGAGGAUAUUGCUAAGAAUGAAAAACGGGCUUCAUGGAAUUCUAAGAACCAGCAGCUACCCUUAUCAGAUGUGAAACAGGAGAGCCAUCAAUAUAGCGUCACAGCAGGGAAACAGCAGCAGCAACCACAACCACCAAAGGAUUAUGUCAAGCCUAAAUCUAGUAUAAGAGAUGGAAAGCAUAUGCAUCAUAAAUCAGAGAAGUAUCGUCUUCCUGCCUCAGAUGAACUGGGAGUGCAUGAAAAGAAUGCUAGUGAAAGGAAGGGUUCCUUGGCUCCACUUUCAAGUCACGAUAGGACCAUGCAAAAGAAGAAAACACUAUGUGAGACUGAUACUGGUCCCAGAUUGGGCUCACCGAACAAGACAUGUCCUGCAGAACAGAGAAAACCACAGCGUAGUCCUCCUGGCAAGUACCAAACUCUGUCAGCAAAUGUGCUAUCAGAGCAAGGAAGUGGGGAAUCUCAAAAGCUCGGGGCUGAUGCAAUAAGUCAGAAAGCUAGAUCACUAGCCUUGGAAAAAUACAUAGCAGAAAGCUACAGUGAAGAACUAGUACCUUUGUCUAUUAAACCAAUGGUUGUUCGUGUGAUUGAUACAAUUAAGCUUGAUAACUAAAUGCAGCUCAAAUGACUGGAAUAUAGACCUGAAUUUUUCAUCCUCUGGCCACUGUUUUACUUCAGAGCUUUAAAUAUUGGCAUUGAAAUCACACUAAGUUGGCUGUCCAUUGAUCAGUUUUGGAUUUUAGCGGUUUAUAAAUUGGUGUCACCUGGAACCUCAAGUAUAUUACAUGUCAACCCAGAAUAAUCAGAAGCCAAUGAUUCAUGUAUGGUAACUCUUAGAUGUAAUAACUAUGGGAACAAAGGCCCGGUCAAAAUAUGUGGCAGAAUAAAGUGGCCUCAUGCCGCCAUAACACUUAUUUAUAUUAGGAAUAAACAGAUAAGCAGCACAGGAGGCAAAGACUAGACUAGAACCUUUCUUCCAGAUGUGCUUAACAGAGGCAAGUUUACUAAAACCUGUGCCCCUCACCUGGGAGAUGGAAGUGAUUGUGUUUACUCUGCCUCCUCAAUAUGCUGCCUCCUGUUUCUGCUGUAUGGGAACCCUCAGCCAAAAUUAAGCACUUUUAAUGGGAGAGGCUUAAACAGUAAAAACAACAAAGAAGUAUUGUGGCACCUUAAACAGCAACCAGUUUAUUGAGGCAUUUCCAUGAAAGCCACAACUUCUUUCUGUUGCUCCAGAGGGCAGGGUGACAACAAAUGGGUGGAAGUAGCAAGGAAGCAGAUUAGAAGACACUUCGUAACAAUAAGCUGUCUGACUGGCGUGGGCUGCCUUGGGAGAUGCUUUCCUUCAAUGAAGGGGUUGGGUUUUUUGUUGCAAUUUUGCGAGGGUAUAUUACAAGGCAAAACCAUAAAACUACAGAAGAAACACAAAACAGAAUACAGAGUGAAUGCAGGAAGGAUACAAUGUUACACCACAAACAAGCAUCCUUAGAUAAGGUGGAGCUGACAAAGUAGUAAUUAUACUGUAAUUGUUAUUCUUUGUAAAAUAUUUCAGUGGAGGUUUUUCAACAGAGGCUGAAUCUGUCAAGGUUGCAGCAGUUCGUUGGGAACCUGUGGAUACUGCCAGACUACAAAUCACCCCAGACCACUAGCCAUGCUGCGAGAAGCAAAGUUACAGAGAACAAGGCAGAGGGCCUUCUCAGUAGUGGCACCCACCCUGUGGAACGCCCUCCCAUCAGAUGUCAAGGAAAUAAACAACUAUCUGACUUUUAGAAGACAUCUGAAGGCAGCCCUGUUUAUUUUUAGUAUUUUGUUGAAAGCCGCCCAGAGUGGCUGGGGAAACCCAGCCAGAUGGGCAGGAAACAAACAAACAAAUGUUAUAAUUAUUAUAAUUAUAGGGUUCAUGUCCAAUACUACCUGGAGGGCCACAUAUUUCUGUCAUGGUUGCAUUGUAGGUUCUGCCCUCAGUAGGGGAUUAGACAAGACUGAGCAGGAGAUUAGACCUCUAAGAUCCUUUUCCAACUCUGAAAUUGUAUGAUUCUAUAAUAAAAGGUGCCAGACUUUAAGGUUUCACAAGUCUUUGCCAGAUAGCUUUCUGGGAUUAAUCAUGAUGGAUGACAGCUUAGAAGAUCUGUCCUUAGGACUUUGCUUUCUUUUCUCCCAGUCUCUCACUUUCUGUGAGGGGCAGCUGGCAUCUUACUCUUGGAAACAGGAUGGUGGGUUAGACAGGUCUUGGGUGCGAAACCAGUGGGGCAUAAAAAGUGCUUAACUUCAGCUGCAUCGUACCCAAAGUGUGUUUCUCUGCUAAAGGCUGAGGUCAGUGUAUAACUAACUAAAGUGACCCUUUUGAGAGUGCACUUUCUCAUUCUAAUUACUCAUUACUCAUUCUAAUAUAAUGCUGUUUAUUAGUGCUCCUGGAAGGCUUUUGACAUUGCAGGCUAUUCAGCCACUGAAAUCAUGCCUGUAUAUACAUUUUUGUGUGUGUUUUAAUUGUUUUCAAAAAAAAAGUGAAAACAGUGAUGCGUAAUAGUGUGCAUAAAUAAGACAAGCAUAUAAAGAUAGAAGAGGCCUGUAAGAAGGUCUUAACAAUGCUACAAAAUGUAAUAAACCGCAAGUCAUUUUUGAGUAUUGUAAUUAAAGGCUCUUUGUGACAAUUAAAUUACGAAUACAUCUGCUCUACAGGAUGAUACAGUAAAAUCCUGAAUGAAAUAUAUUUUAUCACGGGGAAAAUAUUGAUCGAAUCUCUUGCAGAGGUAAUUUGGUAUCUUCCAUGUGUUCAAUGCAUUCAGAUUCCUGUAUAGCUUUAUCUUUCAACGUUUAUUACAUUCCUCAUUGUGAUCAACUUAUUAAUAAAGAUUUGGAAUGUGGCAAGCAUGCCAGAUCCUAGCACUUCCUGGAAUAUGCAGAAAAGGCGCUGCAGAAAAUGAUGAAAGUCAUUAUUGUGAAAUCUGGAACAAGAAAAGUCGCCUGAAUCCACUGCCUAAAAUUAUGGGACAGAAUAAAGGAUCAUCUUCUUGGUCUCCCUUCUUCCAACUUCUUUGUCCACAAAGAGAGAGUGUCUUGUUUAGGAGCAGAAAUAGGCCCAUUUUUCCUGAGGCACUUCUGUAAUGUGAACAUACCAGAUGGAUAAAAAUCCAAGACAGGACCCAGGUGUCACAUUAAGGUCAAGACUUACAGCAACAGAAUUCUGGUCUACAAAAUGAAACUUGAUACUACAUAAUAAGCAACCAGGAUCUCUGAACUGUCUUAAAAGAAGGUGACUUUCACAAUUCAAAAAGCAAACACCUGUAACCCCUGUCCAAAAAAAUACAUUUUGUCAAGUUCUGGAAGGUUCUGUUUGCUUUUAUCUUUUCAGAUAUUAGUUAUUGCCAGAUAUCACAAUAUCUCUUAGAGCAGAAAUAUACUGCACUGAUUUCAGUUAAAUUUGCUUCCAGGUAAUAAGUCUAAGGCUGCAAUGGACUUCUCUACCUGCCUAGAAGGAAAUAAAACUCCGUGGAACUUUCACCCUAGUAAAUAAGUUGAGUGCUGGAGGGAGACUCACAGAUUGCUUAUUGUCAGUCUGUGGGGCAAAACUAGAUGUGAUGUUAGUCAUAUGUUUAAACAAGUAUCAUAAAGUUAACCAGUACUAUUUUUCUAGAAAGAGAGGUGCCGGAACUCACCAUGAAUGUCUUCCUUGUUCUCUCAUCACGUCAACUGCACCCACCUGAAAGGUGCUGGAACUGAGUUCCUGUAAGUUCUGGCUGUAAAAAAGCCCUGUAGUUAACCACGUUGCUUUUACUUUGGGAUGGGGGAAACUGGGGCACCGAUCCACAAUAUGCAUGCAAUUCGGUUGAUAGUUUUCUGCUGAACAUUGAUCCCUUCUGGCUGCUUUCUGCACCCCCCCCCCAAAAAAGGUGCUGAUUACUGUAAACUACACCUUUGAGAUCAAAUAGCAGUAAACUGUUUUAGGGGCUGUUUUAGUAAACUGUUUUCAAGAUUGGAGUCUUACAAAAUAAAAUAAAAGUGGCCAGGUCAUUAAAUAUGUGAAUAAUGUUCCUUUUAGUUUGGCCCUGAAGCAUUUACUACUGAUAAUAUAAUGCAACGUUUGUGCACCAAUAUUCUUUUGCUACCUCUCAGGUAAAUGUCCUCUGGGAAUUCCUAGGACUUUGCUAUGAUGGUUAUUUGUAUGAAUUAUUUGGAAUUGCUAGUUGAAUAUAAGACUUAGGGCUCAUUCCAUUAUACUUGGAUGUCACUGAAAAUGUUUCUAGGUGGCAAUGCAAAUUUUUUCAGCUAUCUGAAAACAUGGGGUGGAGCAAUGAUCUUUGAACCAGUCUUCAGGAAACUGCUAUGGAUGGUCUUUGAGAAACCAACUGGAGACAACCACAUACUGUAAUUUUAUUUUGUAAAUGCUAUGUCAAAGUAGGUACUUAUGUUUAGAUACUGUUUUUCAACACUGAUGAGCAGGAAAUGGACUUUCUGUUGAUGGAGAAUUUCUGCACGACUACAGUCUCAACUGGAAGUAUUUUUGAAGAACACGACAGUAAGCUCAAAGCAGAUACUAUUGUGGAUAUGACAGCAAGUUUUGUAUGAACUAUGUUAUAAAUCUAGACUCGUGUAAUAUAUUUAAUUGUAAGUCUUUUGCACAACUUGUUUGUGUAGUUUGGAAUGAGACUAUUACAUGUGUCAGACUUCAUAAUUUGUCUUGAAACACAAAUAUUUCUUAUUUUAUUGUAUUAUAUAGUGUAUGCUUGUUGUUGUUUUUAAAAAAAGAAUCCCCUUUUAUAUGGUACUGUAAUGAUUUAUCUUUGUGUGUAGUUUUGUUUAAUAGGAAUUUAUUUAUUUAUUCUGAAGUUUAUUUCAUAGCCAUCCAGGCCUAGAUAACAAUGGGUUCUUGUGGGAAUCACAUUUAAACUUUUUUUUUUAAUGCUGUGACACAGUCCACCAUUUUGCAGAUCAUCACAAUAAACCACCUCAGUGAGGCCCCAUGGCGUUAUGUGAUGUUUCAGGUGUUUUUCAUGAUUGGCAGGUGCAUGAGUGCAAAGAGAUUGGGGAGGCAGGGUUCACAACAAGCUUCACAAAGGUGUACCCUUAGACAGCCACAAGGUACAGCAAAUAAAUAAGUAAAAUAAUUUAUCGGAAAGAGUAAGUCUUAAUUUUUGUCACCUUUUUUAUACUAUAAAUAAGGAUCUAAGGUCUAAACCACAGCGAAUCCCCACAACGGGAUGAGCUCCUAUUGUUCGGUCCCUGCGGCUGCCAACCUAGCAAUUCAAAAGCACGUCAAAGUGCAAGUAGAUAAAUAGGUACCGCUCCGGUGGGAAGGCAAAUGGUGUUUCAUGCUGGCCACAUGACCUGGAAGCUGUCUGCGGACAAACGCUGGCUCCCUCAGCCUAUAGAGUGAGAUGCGUGCCGCAACCCCAGAGUUGUCCGCGACUGGACUUAAUGGUCAGGGGUCCCUUUACCUUUAAGGAUAUAAAUAUUCAUUGCUGUAUCAGACCAAGAUCUAUGCAGUUUUGCCAGAGUUCAGCAUUUUUUGCCAAUGGUGUAUACAACCAAAUGAAAUCUGCAGUCUUUUAUUAGCUUGUUGUUAUUGUUCAAAAUGUUGGGACAGCCACUGUUAAAAGGCAAUCAGAUUCACCCUUGAUCAAAGACUGAAAGAGCAGUUACAUAUAUUACAGCUCUUGGACAGACAAGACAGGAAUACUGAAGACAUGACACAGCACACGUUGUUCCCUGGGACGUUAAGUAAGGCGUCAGUUUUACAUUUUUUUUCAAAGUCAGAGGAUUAGCAGGUCUUCCUGGCAUCAGAAAAACAUUCCCCUCCCCUGGCCUACACAUCUCAUAAACACGGGAUUAAUUUAAAACAGGGCUCACUGGGACAGUAGCCUUAGGAUCUAGGUCCAAUGCCAAGCGGCAAAACCUGAAUAUAUGAAGCCAGGAUAUUGAUCCACUGGAUUAUCUAGAGAUAAAGUUAUUUCCUAAGUUUGGUACUUCUUAAAAAAUGGACAGAGGUUCUGUGCCUUGGGUAUUUAAGGUGGGAGUAUAGCUCAUCUGUUGUACACACUAUUGUUGCCAACAGUUAAAAUGAGCUUUGCUAGAAGGUAUGUAUGCCAAAGGGAUAAAUCCCUUUUAUUUGUGGCUAAAGAAGAUGAUCUGUGUUGACAACCUUGCUGCCAUUAUUGUGAAGGAUAAAGAAGCGUAACAAUCCCAAGUGCUCUGAAAAUAUUUCUGUCCUCUCUCUCUCUCCCACCACUCCACAAUUUUAGCUGUAAUAUAUCAGUAUGCGGAGCUUUCUGCCUCGUUGUGCGUCUUGGUUUGUUUGUUUUUGGCACACAGAUUUGCCAUUCCUCAUUAAAAUAUUGAUAGAAUCAUAUAAUUGUAGCAUUGGAAGUGAUCCUGAGGAUCGUCUAUUCCAACUCCCUGCGAUGCACGAAUCUUGAAUAAAGCAUCCAUGACAGAUGGCCGUCCAACCUCUGCUUAAAAACUUCCAGUGAAGGACAGUCCACAACCACCUGAGGGAAUCUGUUCCACUGUAUUCGUUCCACUGAUUGCUGUACUCGUUAUGACUUGGUUUAAGUCUCUUUUAAAGGUAUUCACUACAUCUUGUAAUAUAUACCCAUCGCGCUGGUUGUUGGUUCCUACUCAGGGGAAUGUUAUAUCCCGGUAUUCUCCAUCUUGCCAUAGCUAGAACUACACUAUAGUAGAAUACAACAAUUGCUUAGUUUCAAAGCUCACCAGUGUCAGACCUCAAAAUCUGUUUCAUACUCCAGCAUUUAUACUGCCAAUUCUCCCCCUACCCCUGCCCACCUCCCCACAGGUUGGGAGUGCCACAUGUACAGAGUGCCUUCCUAACCCUAUGGAAUAACCACAGCCAUAGAUCAGGAUGGGGGGGGGGGAUAGAGGGAGACCUGUGCUCUGAGUUCAGCACCUCUCAGCUAAUUUUAUUCAGCUGCAACUCUACACCAGGGAUAGCAAGUUGCCUGGAAGUGACUCUAGCAAAAUAAGCUGACAUAAAAGGACUAAACUUUUUCAGCAGGGGGCUGGUCCAUUGUUCCUCAGACCUUGGGGGUGGACAGACUAUUUGGGGGGGGGGGUACUGAACGAAUUCCUAUGUCCCACAAAUAACCCAGAGAUGCAUUUUAAAUAAAAGGACACAUUCUACACAUGUAAAAACACGCUGAUUCCUGGACCGUCCGCAGGCCGGAUUUAGAAGGCGAUUGGGCCGGAUCUGGCCCCUGGGCCUUAGUUUGCCUAUCCAUGGACUAGUCACUAAGACAGUGUCUCAUAUUUAUCCUUUUUUAAAAAAUGCAAAUGUACAAUAUGGGACAAAAUGCUCUUUGUUAAAUACACAACACAAACAAAUAUGCAUUGUAUAAGGCUCCUCUCCCUGGAUCCCAGUGUUAUAGGAAUUUAUUUUUUAAAAGAUAAAAUCUGAUUUACUGGCUAUUAAGGAAGGGAGCAGAUUCAGUUCCCCAGGUUCCUUAUUUCUGUCCAAACAGCAGACUGCAGGUGAGACAUAGGCCUUUUUUAAAAAAGGCUGCAUUUAGCUGUUUUUAAAUAAUAUUUUUUUUAAUUUUUUUGUACCCUGUCCAUCUGACUGGGUUUCCCCAGCAUAUGGCUUCCAGCAUAUAUAAAAAACAUAAUAAAACAUUAAAAAGCUUCCCUAUACUGUACAGGGCUGCCUUCAAAUGUCUUCUAAAAGUUAUAUAGUUACUCAUAACAUCUGAUAGGAGGGCAUUCCACUACCGAGAAGGCCCUGUGCCUAUAUUUCUGCUAGAAAGAGUGUUCAGACCAGAGAACUGAGCAACUUUUAUUUACAUGGCACCUGAAAUACCAUGUUCCAGUUCUACCACUAAGGUGUGUGUGGGGGGGAACCUUUUCCAUCCCAAGGGCCACAUUCCCUUGUGGGCAAAUUUUCAGGGGGCUCCAUGACCAUGGCAGAUGUGGGCCAGUGCAGCGGGCACGGCAAAUGGAUGUGACUCUUACCUUUGUAGUGCUGAUGACAUUCCAGCCAUGGAAAGACAGAAGUUGCUGACUCUCUCUCUCUUCCUCUGUCUCCAUCCAGGCAUGCAUGAGGCAUUGUAACAGUUCAAGGACACAUUCCAUCCAGGCAAAAAUAUUCAAACAGAGUACACAGGUCUCAAAACAAGAAGAGGGAGCUAGACUGCUCCUUCUCAGGGAGGGCUUCCUCUGAAUUAGCCUUCCAUUUUAGGAAGACCUUCAACUUUUGCCUUUCGAUUUUAUUGCAGCUGUUUUAUUGUUGUUUUACUCCAAUACUGAUUUUACUCGCUGCCUGUAACUCCUGCUGUUGGUUUUAAUGUUUCUCGUUCUUUUGAAGCAAAUAUUUGAUGUAGUUUGUUUGGGGAUUUUUAACUUAUUUUUGUUCAUCGUUCUUGCGGUUGCAUUUUGUGCAUCCUGGUUAGGAGAUUUGAACUGUCGAGAAAAGCGGGGUGUUAAUGCGUUAAGCAAUAAAUAAUUAUAAUAAAUGCACAAGUUUUGUUGCACAGUUUCAGGAUUUGAAGAACUGCUAAAGCAUUGACCUAAGGGAAAGUGUUGUUGUUUUUCGGUUCUAGUUUUCUGAAAGAAUUAAAGUUCUCAAAUUGUAAGUGAAGAUAACUAAACUAAUUUAUGUAUAUUGUAGUCAAAUUUCUCUGUAAAGGUUUUCCUAACAAAUGUUUCAUUAAAAACUCAUUUUCUAGAGCCAUUUCAAUCGGGGUUUAGGCUUGAUUUUGGCAAUUAAACUGCUUUGGUUGCCCUGCAUGACUGUUGGGAGAGAGACAGGGAAAAUACCAGUAUGCCUUUGUUAAUUCUCCUUGCCCACCCAGGGCAAGACAAUUUGAGUAUAUUACAGCGAUCCUGGCCCGACUACACUGGCUGCCAAUUAGCUCCCAGGCCCAAUUCAAAGCACUGGUUUUGACCUAUAAAACCUUAAACGUCCCAGGACCACAAUGCCUCAAGGGACCGUCUCUCCCCAUAUACAGCAAACUGACCUGGACUCUGUGUUCAUCAUCUCAACCCCUUAUUUGUGUGCCUCCUCCACGUGAGGUCCGGAGGGUGGCAACACGAGAAUGGGGCCUUUUCUGCAGUGGCUCCCCAUUUGUGGUAUGCUCUCCCCAGGGAGGUUUGUCUGGCGCCUUCAUUGUAUAUCUUUAGGUGCCAGGCAAAAACGUCCUAGGCCUUUGGCCGAUUAAUAUUCUACAGCCUUUUAAAUGUGUUUGUAGGUUGGGGCAUUAGUGUUUUGUUGUUUCUGUUUUAACUAUUUAUUUGUGCUUUUAUCUUGUGUUUUUAACUUGACAUCUUUUGAUGAAGGGCGGU